CUCGUUCUGAACAGCUGAUCAUUCAUUAGAUUAACAUUUAGCAAAGCUAAUUUGCUUCCAACUAGCUUGAGUGUAGUUUAAUUUGAGCCCCGAUUCCAAUCCUCUAGUUGAUUUUGGCGAUUGGAAAAAUGCCAGUCAAUAUAACAUCUAUCAAAACAUCGUCCAAUGGUGUUUGGGAAGGCGAUAAUCCUUUGAAUUACGCAUUCCCUUUGCUCAUUGUUCAAACCACUCUAAUCCUAGUAGUCAGCCGAUUAUUCGCUUUCUUUCUCAAACCCCUCCGACAACCCAAAGUCAUUGCUGAGAUACUCGUAUGUUUUUACUAAGCAUUUUAUUUAAAAUUUAGACUUCAAGAUAAGAACUAUAUAUCAAUCAUCAUAAGUUUGAUUAUAUUACUAGUUAUGUUAAUUUUGCAUGCACCAUAUUAUGUAUAUGAAUCUUCUUCUGUCUCAAAAUGGAUAAAUCUUAAAACUUAAUAUGAACUAUAUUUUUAGAGAUAGAAAGAGUAUUAAAUAGAACUUUUUUCAUGCCGAAAUGACGGUACAAUUUUGAUGUACUAAAAAUGAAAAUCUAAAUAUAAUAAUUGUUUUGGGAUACAUAAAUGGAGUACUAGUUUUAAAUAGAUGUUAUCUCAACUAUCAUGCAAGGUUCAUAUUGUUAAUUAUUCUAUCUAGUAUUCCACGAGCGAAUAACCACAUGAACACAUACAAAACAAGAUAAAUUACAAAUAUUGUUUGGUUUGAUGACUUUUUGUGUGUGUGUGUGUUUGGAAUUAGGGUGGAGUUGCUCUUGGACCUUCGUUAUUGGGACGAAACGAGAAUUACAUGCAGACAAUAUUCCCGAAAUGGAGCACCCCAAUACUCGAGUCAGUAUCAAGCAUUGGCCUUCUUUUCUUCCUGUUUUUGGUCGGCCUUGAAUUGGACUUAUCUUCCAUAAGAAGAGGCGGCCAGAAGGCGUUCACAAUUGCCGUCGCCGGAGUUUCCUUCCCAUUCAUCCUCGGCGUCGGAGUAGCUUUCAUCUUUCGCAAAGCCAUUGACGGAGCCGACAAAGUCGGGUUCGCUCAGUACACUGUUUUCAUGGGAGUUUCACUCUCCAUCACCGCUUUUCCGGUCCUUGCUCGGAUCUUAGCCGAGCUCAAGCUUUUCACCACGCGCGUGGGCGAAACCGCCAUGGCCGCGGCCGCCUUCAACGAUAUCGCCGCGUGGAUCUUACUUGCCCUCGCCAUUGCAUUGGCCGCCGACGGAUCAUCUGAGCACAAGAACCCGAUGGUGGCUCUGUGGGUUCUUCUUAGCGGCGCAGCUUUUGUGGUUCUCAUGAUGGUGGUGGUUAAACCGGUGAUGGCGUGGAUUAACCGGAGAUGUUUACACGAGCCAAACGCCGUGGACGAAGCUUAUAUUUGUUUAACCUUAGCCGGCGUAAUGGUGGCCGGAUUCGUGACGGAUUUUAUAGGCGUGCAUGCGAUAUUUGGUGCAUUUGUGUUCGGGUUAACCAUACCAAAAGAAGGUCAAUUUGCGGAGAGAUUGAUUGAAAGGAUUGAAGAUUUUGUGUCUGGGUUGUUGCUGCCUUUAUAUUUUGCGUCCAGUGGAUUAAAGACCGACGUUACGAAAAUACAAGGUGGUAUGGCAUGGGGUCUUUUAGUCCUGGUGAUCUCGACGGCAUGCACCGGGAAAAUAUUCGGCACGUUCACGACGGCGAUAUUGUGGAAGAUUCCGGUGAGGGAAUCGUUAGCGCUUGGUUGUCUGAUGAAUACUAAAGGGCUGGUGGAGCUCAUUGUUCUUAACAUUGGCAAGGAAAAGAAGGUCCUUAACGAUGAAGCCUUUGCUAUACUUGUGUUAAUGGCACUCUUCACCACCUUUGUGACAACCCCGGCGGUCUUGGCCAUCUACAAGCCCGCCCGUUCUUCCAUGCUGUCUAAACGCAAACUCGAAUCCAACACUCACGAUGAUGAUCAUCACUACAGAAUCAUGGCCUGUAUCCAUGGCCCUAAUAACAUUCCUUCUCUAGUCAGCCUCAUCGAGACAAUCCGGCCCACAAAUCCCAAAUCCAAGCUCAAGCUAUACGUAAUGCAGCUCGUGGGCCUCACGGAGAGGUCCUCAUCAAUCGCCACGCUCCAACGCCUGAAGGGAAAUGGGUUCAAGUUCAUCAACCGUCUCCGGCGUAAGGAGUAUGAGCUGGUCAACGGCAUUGCAAUGGCGUUUCAAGGGUAUAGUCAACUGGGCCGAGUGGCCGUGAGUCCCACCGCUGCAAUCUCGCCGCUGACGACCAUGCACGAGGACAUCUUGGAAUUGGCGGAGAACAAAAGUGUGAGAAUGAUCAUCGUCCCAUUCCACAAGCAGUAUAGGAGGAAAACGGAUGGUGGAAUUGGGCCUGAGUUCCAAGUAGAGAACGUGGGCCAUGGAUGGUGGGAAGUCCACCAGAGAUUGAUCCAGGUGGCGCCUUGUUCUGUAGCGGUGCUCGUGGAUCGCGGAUUUGGUUGGAAGUCAGAGGAGGAGGCAGCUCCGCCGUCGUCAACCUCUGGCGUGGUGAAACGAGUUUCCGUUAUAUUCUUUGGUGGGCCAGAUGAUCGGGAAGCUCUAGCUUUUGGUGGACGGAUGGCAGAACAUCCUGCCGUCAAAGUUACGGUCAUAAGAUUCACUGCUGAAUCUCAUGGAUCGGGCGACCAACAUGCAAUAAUUCCAAUGCAAAUCAAUGAAAAGGAGCUUGACGAUGCUGCGGUACAUGAUUUCCGGAUGAGAUGGGAAGGUAAGGUGGAAUUCAAGGAGAUGACCAAAGUGAGCAACACUGUAGAAAGUGUACUACUGGGAAUUGGAAGGAAUAGUAAUGAACAAUGUUAUGACCUUGUAAUUGUGGGUAAAGGGAGAAGAACCUCACUGAAUGUGGGUACUACAGAGGAGUAUCCGGAAUUAGGGCCGGUUGGAGAUUUGUUGGCCUCAUCAAACCAAGGCAUUGUGUGCUCUGCCCUGGUGAUUCAACAUCAUGGUAACAUGGCCCAUUCAGGAACGCAACAUUUUCCUGCCAAAUUCGUGUAAUUCAUGGGUGGCCAUCUUAAGAGAGGCAUGAUGAUGAAUAUGCAGUUCAAUUAUUUUCACAUGUUUGUGGUCUAACCAUCACAUAUCCUAGUAUAUUGGGAAUGAUGAACAAAAGUACUAUCAUUCGACUAUGUCAUCAAAUAAAAGCAAGUUUGUCGGAAGUUAUUGCUAAUUUUUUUUUUUUUUUGGGUUUGGUUUGUGAAGGGCCUCUGUGUGAAUGAAUGGAUGUACAAUGUACAUGCGCAGUAGUUAGUCCUGUAACUGUUGUUUGCACGUAAUCUGAGUGAAGUGGAUUCGCC